GACACAAACGCCUUAAAGAACGAAAUAUAACCUGAAAUCUACAAAACAGUGUAGAUUCGAUCCCGUUUUUGACAAUAAAAACUUGAGCGCUCGUCUGAUAAUAAUAACGAUUUGAUUGUUGACAAAACACUAGGAUACUACGAGCUGUAAAUAAUCAAUUGUCAAAUGAGAAAUAUGGGUUUGCAUAGCCAUGAAAGAAAUUAAUUCGUCGCUCAUGUCAUGUCAUAUAGUUGGACCGAAAGACAGAAAUUCACAUUUUGUUACGAUACCAUUAUGAUCACGUGUUAAUUCAUAUUUAUUCGACGGCAUACAUAGCGAUGUUGCCCUCAACAGGGUACUUUAAAACAAUCAACUGCCCAUUUUAUGACAGUGGGUUGUGCGAAAGGCCUUAUUGUCACUUCAAACAUCCGAGGAGAGAUGAAGCGGCAGCAAAUUCUGGUCUACCGAUUCAAGCUGUGGCAUUAAACCAAAAUGAGGGAAUUGCCGCCAUAGAUACUCAGAAUUCUAGUACCUUCCAAGAGUUGGUCUCCCAGGCAGUGAAAAAGGUUUUAGCUACCCAGGAUGUGACUGAAACGGCUAAGAUAUCAGACAACAUUGUAUCCAGGGUAGUUGAGGAGCUCAAUCCAGCCUCCAGUUCUGCGGUUCGACCAGUAAUUCCAACACCUCAGGCCACAGUUCAACCAACACCUUGUGUCUAUAAUCCUACACCUAUAGCAGAGUUGAAGAAAAGGCACAUUCCUGUUGUCCCUUACAUGCCCACCAGAGAUAGUAGAAUAGCAGUGAAACGCAAGACUUCUCCAGAGAGAUUCAAACCCUGGCUUAGUGUUCCGCAGGAUAUUACCAACUCCUUAGACAAUGCUUUGUCCGGGCCUAGCUAUUCAACUGGCAAGGUUACGGAAAUAACUUACAAACCUACUGCGAUAACAAACAUUACAGACACCACUAAUGUGCAAGGUUAUAUACCAACCACGAAAUCUGAUUCCUCAUCUUCUAAUUCUUUCGAAGAUGGAAACUCAAGCGAUUACAUUUUCAAGACGAAAGAGGAGUACUGGCCAAAGUCCAAAAAGCGCAGAGAGGAAUAUGUUCCAAAGAAACUCAAAGUCCCCCUAAAGAUUGUACAGCAAUUAGACGAGCCUGAUGCAGAUCAAGCAGUAGCUGAAAUGGGGACCACAGGAGAGGUUCCAAAUACUAAUGAACACAAUACCGAACGACUUGAAAACAAGGGCUUAGAGGAAUAUGAGCUGGAAGUAGAACCACAAUUUUCUGAUGAGGAUGAGCGCGAUAAAAUUUGCAAUAAUUCUACUAAAAAAACGAACGAAGCAGAAGUCACGAAUUCGGAGGAGUCUAGAAGAAGUCAGAAGUCGAGUAGUAGAUCAAACGACGUAAAAGAUAGUAGCCGUGGCAAUAAAACAACGGAUAAAACGACAAGCAAUGUUAAGGAUAAGGAAAAGUCCAAAGAGAAAUCUGAUAAGGAUAAGAGUAGUAAAAAAGAAAGGAGCAGCAGCACAAGUGAACGGAACAAGGACUUGAAGGAAGUGAGUAAUCGAGAGAAGAGCAAGGAUAAGGACAAGCAUAGGAGUAGUUCAAGUUCAAAAGAAAAAUCCCAUUCGUCAUCUUCGAAUAAGGAUAAGAGUAGAAGACACGCAAGAGAAAAAGGGAAGAGCAGGCACAGUGACAAUGAAAGCUCAAGGCGGAGCAAAGAAUCCUCUUCUAAGUCAAGCAAACAUAAGGACAGGAGUGUGAGAGGAAAAAGCAAGGAUAGUCACAAAUCUAGCAGUCGGGAUAAGCACAGAAGCACAUCGAGUUCGUCAUCCAGCAAAGAUAAACACUCCCACAAGUCAGACAAGAGUUACAGAUCGAGUACAAAAUCGAGCACUUUGAACAAAAAAUCCGAAUCUAGGAAAACGAGCGGAAAUGAGACUAGCAGCAACGAAGACCACGACGAAAAAGAGAAUAGCCCAUCGAUCAGGUACAGACCCUCUUCUCCGUUCUCCGAAGAGAUUCUGGAGAUCUCCGACUCUGACCACGAUAUUGAAGAAGAAUGCCUCAAGAUAUUUCAGGAAUACGAAGUUCCUGACCACCCAAAAGAGACCAACGUUGCAGAGCGGCCUAAGCCGGAGCCUCAAGAAACCGGAGAAACAGGCCGCAAAAGAGUAGCUCAUCCCUCGGCGGAUCAAUUUUGUGAAAUCAAAAGGGUACCUGCUAAACCACCAAAGAUACCAGUGAAUCCUCAUCUUCGAUUGACCGAAAGGUGGCGAUUAAUGAAGGAAGCAAUCGCCACUGCUAAUGCCGAGAAAACAACAGCUCCUACCGCCGUGAUUAACGCUUCGCAAAGCUUUUCGGCAGAGUCGAAAAAAACUUCAGGAGGAACAAAACAUACCGAACAAGUCGUCAAUGGAAACGGUCGUUUGAGAAUCGCGCACGUACCUUAUGCAACUUCUCUUGCAUUGGCGAAGCAAAAGGUAACGCAGGCGAUGAAUAAAGCCGUGGAAAACAAAACUGUCGCACAAACGGCAAAAGGUGGAUCUCGAGUUGCACACGUUCCGCAAGUGAUUCCACAGUUGAUAAGACCGGAACCAUUGAAUGUGGUAACACAGAAAUUCCCGCUCAACGUUCGCCAAUACUACGUGAACAUGAUGCAAGAUGUUUGUGUUCAAAUAUAUACAAACGCCGAAGACGCGGCGCAGAGGGCUGUGAGGGAGGAAUUCGCUUGUCACGAACGUUGUAAGGCAGUGGCUGUGUACAAGAAUUCUUGUAUGUUGGCCACGCACAGGCUUCGAAAAGAGUUGGACCAGCGAUCAGGUGACAGCGGUACCUCUUCCGCCAGUGGAACAGUUUCGCACGAAUCAGUGCUCGCUGGAAAAUCCAAGGGGUCAUGGAGCGUUGUAAAGACGAAGAGAUCGGUGAUGGAAUUCAAGGGAGCAAUACUCUACACCCUUCUCUCGAAAUGGAUUCUGACGGAAGAACAACUCAGAGAAAAUGGAUAUCCUAGGCCGCACCCCGACGGGCCUACGGGGCGCGUGAAAGUCUACGUUACGAACACGCGGGGUCAAACGAUUCUUUCCAAAGUGCCUAACGAGAGAUUCUGCAGUCGCUGCAAUCAGCCUUACAUGGUUGACAAGCACGGAUACGCCACCGCGCAACAAAACUGUAUUUAUCAUUGGGGCAGGAAGUUUACGGUGAAAGGCGAGGGAAGGUACAGCUGCUGUCGCCAGUACGGAUCCGCGCCUGGAUGCUGCGACGCGAAAACGCAUGUCUGGGACUACGUGGAUUACGAAAAUCUUCGCGGUUACGUUAAAACACUGCCAAAAGAUGACCUACCGGUCGAAGAGCACGGGGUCUAUGCCCUGGAUUGUGAAAUGUCCUACACUACGCAAGGUCUCGAAUUGACCAGGGUGACUGUGAUAAACGAAGAGUGCAACGUCGUUUACGAAACAUUCGUGAAACCCGUCCACCCUGUGGUAGACUACAACACUAGAUUCUCAGGGAUUACAGAACAAAAUAUGGAAGGGAUCACCACUACCUUGCUCGACGUUCAGGCCACUCUCUUAUCAAUGUUCUCUGAUAAGACUAUACUCAUCGGUCACAGUUUGGAGAGCGAUUUCAAGGCUCUUAAAUUGCUCCAUGACUCGGUGGUUGACACCAGUAUUAUGUUUCCUCACCGAAACGGGCCCCCGCAAAAAAGAGCGCUCCGAAAUCUUUGCUCGGAAUAUCUACGGAAGAUAAUUCAGAACGACGUCGGUGGUCACGACAGUAACGAAGACGCUGUCUCGUGCAUGGAGUUAGUCCUUUGGAAAUUGAAGGAAGAAGCAAAGUCGCAAUAAGAAAUAACUAUGAAAGAAAAUUAUCAGACGAUCCUAAAGAAACAGAGGGGGUUACGAAUCGCUAACACCGUUCAAUUUUCCUGUAAUUUGCGUCUCUGUUCAAUAAACUAUUACGCACCUCUUUGAUUUAAUUUUAGCGUCGCAGUCAAUCUGUCACAAAUGUUGUCACUUUUAUUUUCUUUUAUUUAAAAUAUAUCUGCGUAUGGGUUCGAUUGUGUUUCUGACCGCACGAUAAUGCAGAGUUGGCGCAAAGUACAGGGAGAUGCACGGACGACGAUGAGAUCUGAAAAGAAAGAAAAUAUUGAAAAAAAAAAAAAAAGGAAAGAUAUAAUAAAGAACAAAUACCAGUAACAGCUAUUUCCUUCGUAUAUUUCGAUCAAUAAUAUUUUUGUACUCAGUUACUUACUUAAAUCAAUCGGCACAUUAAAGUGACAAGAUCAGUCGAG